CGUGACGCACUACACAUAUUUUGAAAACGUAUGCAAUUGAGGCCCGCCGCCAUUAUACUAUGUCUGCCAACAGCGUGUGUAGAUUGUGUUGAUGUUUCUGUCAAGACUAAACUAAAUUAAGUUGUGCUAUUUUAGUUUACAAACACACUAUAAGUAUGAUGUACUUUUUGAAACGUCGCCUCGGGUACUCUAGACCAGAGCCUAAUGGUCAUGACAAAAGUGUUCAAGUCAAGCCAGGCAAUGGUUGUAGCCCCGCCUCUAUGCCAAGUCCAAUGAUAAAGUCUCAAUCUGAUCAAGUGAUUCUUAAGACAUCAGGAGCUGAAAUCUACAGUUGGAGUAAGGCCAACGGUUUGGAUGCGGGAGGGGCUUUGGAAAUCUGCAGUUGGAGUAAGGCCAACUGUUUCGAUGAGGGAGAACCUUUGGCUCUAGAGACUCCCAGGAGAACGGGUUUGUCUGGAACCUUGGACCAGCAGUCCGAGACGUUCCUCAUGUUCCUCAUGCGCUACUACAACAUCGUCUUUCCCACGCUGAUUGGCAUAACCAUCGCCUGCACGGUCAUCGUAUUGAUUUGCAUACAAGGAAAGUUGGCUGAUUUGAAAAUAAAAAUUGCGGAUUUGGAUGACCAGUUGAGUGAUCUGGACAUUAUGCAGAAGGAACUGGCGGUCAUGGAACAGCACGCCCUAAGCAGCAACACGAGCGUUUCUUGCGAUGACAUCAUGAAGAAACUCAGGCAGCUUGAGCGGGAUGGCAAACUGAAGACAUGUAUCCUAUAUAAACUUCUGAACAAUGCCAUGGACAAGGCACCUGGAAACGGUGAUGACAUGCUGCUUGGAUAUCCCAAAACUGAGAUGAUAGGAGCAAGCCAAAAUGACUCUAGUCUUCAGAAACUUGAAGUAGACGGGCCUCUCUUUCAUGAAUCACACUUGGUCUCCUUCCAUGAUACAAAGAUGUAGAGAGCUGUUCCUAGCCUGGAAUGUAGCUGUGUUUUGGAUGAUCCAUGUGAACCUCUCUUUGUGAUGAGUACUCGGUCCAAUGAGUUAUCAAAUGUUCCGUUUCAAACAACAUUUGUUAUAAGCCUAUAUGCUCAAUAGUGCAGUAAAUGAAUUUUAUUAAACAUUGCAUACG